CAUGUACCUAUGGUCAUGUGUGCGUUUAUCCUAUGGUCAUAGUCCAUGUUUUUGCCUUUCUCAUGCUCUUGUGAGCCAGAUGUACUGACAAUGAGUGAUUGUCUGAUAUUAGGUCGUUUCCCUGGAUGUCCUGUUAUUUCCGGCUUAGGCCGUUAUAUAAGCUCAUGUUUUCUUGUUAUUUGUUAGUUCUUAGCUGAGUAUUAUUAAAGUGGCUAAAACCCGAUAUUCAUUACGUCUUACGGAUAGUGUAAGCGUAACAUUUGGUGCCGAAAACCUUUUUGAUACCGCGACCUUUAGUACGUUCGUUUCGUGGUGGUAGUCUUAUGUCAGUAAAGGGGGAGAUUGACUCCCUGGGCAACUUAUUUUCUGACGACGAAGAUAAACCGGUUGUGGACGACUUGCCGACUGGGGAAACUACGAUGUCGAAGCCGGACGUAUCAGGUGGACGGCAGGCUCCGGCAUUCUCUGUGAAUGCCCGAGAGUUGGCGGACGUGAUGGGAUCGCUAGCCGUGGCGACGGACGUGCGACCGCCGGUGUUCACCGGGAAAGCCGGUGAGAACGUUGCGCAGUGGGUUCGUAGGUUCCGGACGGUUGCGCAGGCGUUGGAGUGGGACGAUGCGAAGCAACUGACGCAAGUCCCUGUGUACUUGACUGGCCACGCGGGUCAGUGGUACAACAAUGUGUCGGAGGACGGGAUGAAACCCUACACGACGUGGAAGGCCUUCAAGGACGCCCUCCUGGCACGCUUCCUCACGGAAGAUUGGAAGUUGCAGUUGAAGCUGAGGAUCAGUCAACGUAAGUUACAAAAGAACGAAUCCGUUGAAGACUAUUAUAACGACAUGGUUGACCUAUGUUACGAAUACGACACCAAAAUGGACGAUUUGGAUGUCCUGCUGAAGCUGCGGAACGGACUUUACCCGGAGAUCGACAAGAUGCUCGUCACCUCCGCAGCCAAGACGCCUCAGGGAUUCUUCGCGGACCUGCAGAAGGCGGCGCAGUCCUUGCGGCGAGAGGAGCAAGCCAACCAGCGACAGCAGGCGGCGGAUCAGCGUGCCAACAACCAUUUCCGUCGAAGUGGCGGUAAGCCAGAAUUUCAUUCUAAGUUAACCGCUGCUGAUUCCAACCACAGCGACGCAUCGAAACCGGCACGCACCGGAAACGCCUUGACCACACCACGUAAAGAUAAGUCCUGCUGGAACUGCGGAUCAACGGAUCACAUGCUUCGGGAUUGUCCGAAGCGGGCAAAGGAUGCCAAGGGAGCUGCGCCGAGGGCGGGACUCCGGAUGAUGCGCGGAAGUGCAUUGGACCGUACAGGCACGGACGACCAGACACUGGAAGCGGCAGCCACGCUGGCCGCUAUGUCCGGGGCGGAUGCCGGCUGUGCGGCGUAUGGGGCAACGGCGUGCGGGUAUGUGUACCGUAUGGUAGACGGAUACCCGGUUGCGUUGUCAGCAGGUACGUGUCCCGGCUGUAUUGAAUGCACGCCAUUCCGAAGCCGACCUUUGGACACUACUGCGGCGCAUGAGCUGCGCGUGUAUCAGGCCGAAAUGGAGGACGAAGGUCAGUCAUCGGAUGAUUCUAGCGAUACCAUCAGCAUUUAUGCCGACUCAGUCUGUGAACCGCGCAAUCGGCGUGGAUCAGCUGACAGCACUGCUACUGUUAACGGAGACGCACGGCAUGCAAGCACGCAAACGGACGCCGGCAUACAAACGGUCAGUACAGUCAGUGUCGGUGUGCAAGCUAAUAAUUUACUGCUAGUCAAAGCGGAGGAUGCAGAUGAAUUGAUCGAUGUGGAUGUCCAAUUUCAUUGCGGUAAGACGUUGCGUCCGCUUCGGGACGGUGAUUUGUUACCAUACAAGUAUGAGAUUGGCAAGGACUCCUUCGGACUGUGGGAGAAGAUUCCACGAAAGCGCCCUCUGUACACGAUGAUGCGUACGUCUGGCGAUGGGUGCGAAGGUCGUCACGCUGUGCUCGGAACGCACAUGUGCGUGGAUGUGACAUUGAAUGGACAGGCUGCACGUGCCUUGGUGGACACUGGUGCCAACCUCUCCGUUGUGAAUCGAGGCUUCUUGGAGCGGAAGCUGGAUGUCAUGCCGGAUCCACUGAUGAUGCCGGUGGAACUGGGUGAUGGUAGUACGAUCCGUACAACGGGUAAGAUCGUACUCGAUGUUGCGGUAGCAAACCAGAAGCUGCCGGUGGCUUUUUGUGUUUUUGACAAUGUCAGCAACGAGGGAUACGAGUGCGUGCUGGGAUGCAACUUCCUGCGCCAACCCGGAUGGCUGGUGGAUGUGUGCAAUGCGGCGCUCUUGUACGUGGGACAGGAUGGUACCACGGUCACGCAUGGGGGAUGUGGUGACACGGUGGUGACGGAUACCUGCGGCCACGCCCGGGAGGCGGUCAUGAUGCCGGCGGCGGCCCUGUGCGCCCGGAUGACCGCGGAUCAGGGAUCCAUGCUGACGACGCCACGGGUGAAUCAGCUUAUGAAGUAUGGCGAUCCAGAUGCUCCGGAGGAUGAGCUGGCGAUGUGGGAGUACGAUUGGCCACGCCGUCCCGUUUCGGAUUUUGACAUUGGGGAUGCUGAUACUACCGACGGGGCGUUGUCUGGCAAACGGUAUAUCUCCACGUUGGACUUGGUUUCCGGCUACUGGCAGAUGCCAUUAGCGGAGGAGUCGAAGCCGUUGACAGCCUUCCAGUCGCCAAUGGGGUUCUACGAGUACGAGGUACUGUGCUUUGGGCUCAAGAACGCUCCAUCAUACUUCCAGCGUACCAUGACAACAAUCGUGGGGGACUUCAUCGUGCGGGGCGUCGUUGCGGUCUACUUGGAUGAUGUGAUCAUCGCGACGUUUACGUUGGAGGAGCAUGAAGAAGUAUUGGAGGCGCUGUUUUCUCGUUGUCGGGAGAUCGAGUUAAUGUUCAAACCGGAGAAGUGUCACUUUCUAAAAGCGACAGUCAACGUACUGGGAUUCACGGUAACGCGGGAAGGCGUGUUGGCCGACCCUGAAAAGGUACGUGCCAUUACAGAUUUUCCGGUUCCCGCAAAUCUUAAAGCCGUACGUGCGUUUCUCGGUCUAACCGGGUAUUACCGGCGCUUCAUCAAAGACUAUGCGGCGCUGGCCUGUCCGCUGUACGAGCUAACGAAGAAGGACGUGCCGUUCGUCUGGGAACAGCUGCAGGUGGGGGCAUUCGAGGCGUUGAAGAACCGUCUCGUCUCGUCGCCGGUGCUUGGACACUUUGACGUAUCGCGACCGGUGGAGAUCCACCCGGACGCCAGUGGAUACGCCAUCGGAGUGGUCAUUCUGCAGCAGGAUUGCGACGGUGUCUUGCGUGUGCUGGCUUAUGGGAGCCGCCGCUUGAACGCCGCGGAGCGGAACUACAGCACCACGGAGCGGGAGUGUUUGGGUAUCGUCUGGACCGCAGAUAAGUUUCGCUACUAUCUGUUAGGUCGUGUUGUGACGGUCAUCACUGACCACCAUAGUUUGUGUUGGUUGGUGAACAUUCAGUCUCCCAGUGGUCGCUUGGUCCGUUGGGCACUUAGACUCCAGGAGUUCGACCUGGUGAUUCGACACAAGAGCGGAGCGAAGCAUGCCGAUGGAGACUGUCUGUCUCGAUACCCACCGGCUACGGAAACCGGUGUGCUGGCGGUGAUGGCGGUACGUGAGGAGACGGGCCCCACCACGCAAGCAAUGUUGGAUGCACAGUCCACUGACCCUUGGAUUCAGGAGGUGAUGGAGCAGAUGGACUCGGUCAAGAGCGUUCAGAAGGUGUACGCCGUGAAGGACGGGUUGCUCUAUCGCGAGUGGAAGAGUCAAGGUGACAAACAUUUACUGUUAGCCGUUCCGAAAGCGUUACGUUUUGAGGUGCUGGCGUUCUGCCAUGAUGACCCGAUGGGAGGACAUCUCGGUUUUGCCCGGACCUGGGACCGAGUGCGGAAGCGCUUCUUCUGGCCUCAAGCGAUCAACUUUACGGAGCAGUAUGUGGCGUCUUGUGCACCGUGCCAGGCGCGGAACCGGUUGACGACGAAGGCGGCCGGACCGAUCCAGUCGUUCUGUCCGGAGCGGCCGUUCGAGAUGUUAGCCAUGGAUUUUCUGGGGCCGUUGCCCAGAUCCAAGCGUGGAAACCAAUAUAUAUUGGUAGUGACUGACCUUUUCACUAAAUAUGUAUUGGCAGGCGCAUUUCCGGUGCAGAGUGCGAUGACGGUGGCGAAAUUCUUGGUUUUUGAAGUGUUUCUGCAGCAUUCGUUUCCUUUGAGGAUCUUGAGCGAUCAGGUGACACCGUUUGUCAACCAGCUGACCAGUGACCUUUACAAGGUACUGGAAGUGAAGCGCGUUACGACAAGCGGAUAUAUGCCACAAACCAACGGCUCGUGCGAAAGGUACAAUCAGACGCUAGCGCAUAUGAUGUCGAAGUUCAUAGACGCUGAGCAGCGCACCUGGGACGAGGUGCUGCCGUUUGUGGUGUUUGCGACAAACACCAGCAAGCAUGACACCACGAAAGAGUCGCCAUUCAAGUUACUGUACGGGCGGGAGCAGACGCUGCCGGUCGACAUCGCGUUCCCAACAGUAGCGGAUGCGUUCGUGUACGAUGUCGGAGAGCGGAUGGAGGCGCUCCACGCAAAGGCGAAUGCGCGCAUUGAGGGAAAGCAGAACUACCUCUAUGCUCACGACGAUCACCCGGAAGUGACGUACAAAGACGGGGAUUACGUUUUGGUGUUCAACCCUGCCGGAAAGCGCGGUAAGGCGACCAAGUUACUGAGUCGUUUUUAUGGGCCCUACCGAGUGCUUAGGCAAACGUCGCCCGUGAAUUACGAAGUGGAAACUUGCGGGAUCCGGAAGCGAAGGAACGUUUUCGUUACCCACGUGUCGAAGAUGAAGUUGUUCAAGGAUCGCAACGAGAUGUUCGUUGACUCCGAGGAUGAGGACGGCGAAGGAUGGAUUCCUGUCGCGCGUCCCAAGCAACUGGUGGACCACGACGAGGUCACGGACACGGUGGCGGAAGAGGAGCCGUCUACCACCCUGAUGGGCGCCCCUGAAAUUGCGGCCCCUGUGGUGCCAGCGGUACAAGCCCCUGUGGUGACUGAGGUAGUGACCACGGCGGAGGCGGAGAUGUGCGCGCCGGUGACUCGGGAAAACUCGGAAACGGAACGGCGGCGUUCGGGUCGUGAGCGCAGGGCACCGGACCGGUAUGACCCAUGCUCAUACAAGCACUUUUACGGCUUGCUGCUGUUGGUGUUGUUGUUUAUGCCCUUAGUAGCAGCACUGGAGGUGGCUGUCUGCGACUGUUCUUCACCACGACAUGUCGGUGUCGUCAGUUUUGAGCGCUACGAGCAAUGCCGGACCAACAUGUCGUCCGUCAAGUUCACCCCGGUCAAGUAUGACAUCUAUACAGAAGAUAAAGCCCGGACCGUGUUCAAAGGCUUCAGCUGUCGGGCCUGGGAGGAGACCUUGCACAUCGAGGAAGGAUUUCUGGGCUGGAGGGACACGACGAAGUCCUCCAAGGAGAAGCCGUUAGCAGCGGGAGAUUGUUGGGUCAUGGCUAACACGUUCAAAUGCGGUGUGAAUUCGAUGGUGAAGCGUGGUAGUGUCUGGUCUUUUACAGCAGAGCCGAAGGGCGAAGGAGCCUGGUACUCUACGAAGACGUACACUACAUACAACUGUGAGCUCGAGGAGUUGACCUUGGAGCAGGAGUGCAAAACGUGCCCGAUUAUGAGUAUCGUCGGUGAGGUAGCGACGGAUCGCACCGUAGGCUACGCGAUUCUGGCACACCGGACCGUGGUAUGGAACGACAUUUCGCAAACGCAGAGACCGUGCGAGACGGCUCGGCUGACCAGGCGAGUCGGUCAAUUGUAUAACGAUACAAACGGUGUGAUGAGAAUCCGCGAUACUGCGCGGCAAAUGGAUUUUGUUCUAGGCGCAAUGGCGCGCUUGUGUGGACAGACCGGAACGAAGGCAUUCCGUGUUGUCGGUGAAACGAGUAUGCUGCUGGUGGUGCUGACGCGUGCGGAGAAGAUCCUGUUCCAGGAUUUCAACUACACCGCCGGAGGCAGUGCCUCGGGAGGGGGAGGCAAAGAUUCGGCAUUUAGAGGCAAAAGGAACUUGCUGGGAUUCGCGGGUGGAACACAUCCCGGAUUUCCGUCGGGAUCGUCGCGCACCAUAAUGCCGUUGCCCGUGACAGUGGCUACUACAACUGUCGGAAGGAAGACGCCGGAGGCGGAAGGCGCAACCACUGAACCCCCAAUGACGCUACAACAGUAUCUACCGGAGCAUCUGCAACGGAUUAUGGACUCGGUGGUGGAGCAGGAGAACCACAUUGCGGAAGCUGUUAACGCCGUCGACUGUCGGUUAAGUAGACUUAAAAUCGAAAAUCUUCAUUCACUGUCGAAAGUGAGCGGGAUUUUGGCUGCGCGUGCUAUGCACUUUACAGAGUGUCAAAGCUUGGAGAGCUUCGGGAGCAUGGGCAUUUUACGACAGUGCCGACCGUUCAACCUGACGUUCGAAGCGCAGAACACCGUCUACUGCGGCGUACAACCUCGUUCAGGAAACUUCACGAUUUCUCGCGACGGAUUCACGGCGAUUAAGUGGCAAGAGUGCUACUGGCAAUCGCAUACGGUGAACUUCCGUGGGAUUCCUCACGUCUGGAGAGACGGAGAUUGGCGACCAGUGCAGCCGGUGCAGUAUGCUGACCGACAGCUGUUACUCGCGCCUUUCCAGGAGACUGUUGACCUUUCUGGGGCUUUGCUGGAGGCAGCCGCCGAGAAGGAGCAUGCGAUGACGUUCCAAUUGCUGGGUCAGUUGGCCGGUGCGAUGGAACAUAACGGGGUGGAGAACGUGGAAUCGUUCGUCCAGAACGUGCAGCAGUCAGCAAGCGUACCCGAUCUAAUGUCUAAGAUACGUUGGUUCAAAACGAUGUUCGGGUCGAUCACUACGGUCGUAGUGCUAGUGCUGAUUGUGCUGGUACUAUUUCAGUGUCGUGGACCGAUAGCUGGAUGCGGGAAGCGGAUUUCGAAUCGCUUGGUCGAACGGAGACAUCGACGCUCGACUGUGGUAGCGGAACCGGUAACUUACGUCAGCGCUCCUGAGGAUCCCGGCUAUGAAGCGAUUAACCCACCGGACAAGGAGGAGGGACGGAUUUUCAUUCCGCUGCAUCGUACGAAUAACCGGACUUAACGUCUUGAGGGACCUGCGACGUCUGGGAAGGGGGCAAUGUUACAUAACCGGAUUACUCAUGUAGUAAUGUAACCUAUGGUCAUAUAUGUUUUUCCCUAUGGUCAUGUACCUAUGGUCAUGUGUGCGUUUAUCCUAUGGUCAUAGUCCAUGUUUUUGCCUUUCUCAUGCCCUUGUGAGCCAGAUGUACUGACAAUGAGUGAUUGUCUGAUAUUAGGUCGUUUCCCUGGAUGUCCUGUUAUUUCCGGCUUAGGCCGUUAUAUAAGCUCAUGUUUUCUUGUUAUUUGUUAGUUCUUAGCUGAGUAUUAUUAAAGUGGCUAAAACCCGA